AUGACUCCAGUGGCGCCGGAACAAGAAAAUGCAGCCAAGUCGUCGGGAUGUCAAGGGGGCACCAAGUCGUACCUCUGGCACCUUCGGCUUGGCCACAUAGGUCACGAUGGACUCAAUUGCAUCGUGACGAAGAACAUUGGAAUUUGCAUCGACAUAUCUUCGGUGAAGAAGUGGGACGUGUGUGAAGGUUGUGCUCUGGGAAAACAGACUCGAGUGCGCUUCCAAUCAAACACUACAGCUCGCACCUCCAAACUCCUCGAAGUGAUUCACAGCGACGUAUGCGGACCGAUGUCGAUGGCAACUUUCAGUGGAAAACGGUACUUCGUGACAUUCAUUGAUGACAAGUCAAGAUACUGUGUCGUCUAUCUGCUCAAGAGCAAAUCUGAAGUUGCGGCGAAGUUCAUGGAAUACGCUGCGAUGGCCGAAACGCAAACCGGAAAGCGCGUGAAGUACCUUCAAAGCGACAAUGGGGGUGAAUACAAGUCCGACAAGCUGGCACGAUUCUGCGCGGAACGGGGAAUACAACAAAGGUUCACACCCCCAUAUACUCCUCAGCUAAACGGAGUAGCUGAGAGAAUGAAUCGCACGCUGGUCGAGUGUGCGCGUUGCAUGAUGGAACACGCUGGACUGGGAAAGAGCUACUGGGGUGAAGCAGUGAUGACGGCGAUGUUUCUUCGAAACCGCUGUCCAACACGUGCCAUUCACCAAGACAAGUCUCCAUAUCAAGUGUGGACGAUGAAGAAACCGAUUCUGGCCAACCUUAAAGUGUUUGGAUGCCACGCGUAUGUUCAAGUGCCUCAAGACAAACGCGCGAAGUUCGACUCCAAGUCAUCACUCUGUCGUUUCCUGGGAUACGCCGAACACCAGAAGUCAUAUCGAUUUGAGGAAGUGUCAACAGGAGCGAUCAAGAUCAGUCGCGAUGCCACAUUCAUGGAAGACAAGUUUGAUGAAGGUCCGCGCAACUACAACGAUGAGUCAAGUGUCGUUGAGUUUGAUGAUCAUGAUGAGGACGAAGAAAAAGAAGAAGGUAAAACUGACGACGACAUGGACUCGAGCGACGAUGACAACGAAGACACCAGGUCUUCGAAGAGCAACAUCAAGAGACACACGCGCACUCAAUCACUUGAGAAAGCUACCGUCAUUCCAAGUCCCAAGCGAAGAACGUACAGAUGUCCGUCGCUUGAGCAUGUGUCAGCGGCUGCAAUGGAUUUUGAAGCAGCCUACAUCGUUGAUUCAGUGGGGGAAACGCCGACUACAUUCAAGUCGGCGAUGGAAUCAAGCGACUCCGGCAAGUGGAAAGAAGCGUGUGACUCGGAGUUCGAUUUGCUUCAGAGAAACGACACGUGGGAAAUCGUGCCUCUUCCGAAAGGUCGCAAGGCCAUCGGGUGCCGAUGGGUUUUUCGUGUAAAGGAGAAUCAAGAUGGCGAAGUUGAACGUUUCAAGGCAAGACUUGUGGCCAAAGGAUUCUCACAGAAAUUCGGAGUUGACUAUGAAGAAACUUUCGCACCGGUGGCCAAGUUCACAUCGAUUCGUGUGGUGCUCAGUAUGGCGGCCAAGUACGGCCUAAUGCUACAUCAGAUGGACGUCAAGACAGCGUUUCUUAACGGCUCCCUCAACGAAGACAUCUACAUGGACCAGCCGGACGGAUACCUGGAUGCAACACAGCCGGACUAUGUGUGCAAGCUAAAGAGAUCACUCUACGGCUUGAAGCAAUCGCCUCGCAUGUGGAACCAAACAAUCGAUGGGUUCAUGAUCAAGAUGGGAUUCAAGAAGUGCGAAUCGGACCACUGCAUCUACAUCAAGCGAGACGACCAAGACAUGAUUCUCGUGGUGCUCUACGUCGAUGAUCUCAUCCUGGCCAGCAGCAACAACGAACUCCUCAAGUCGACCAAGAUGGCGCUGAGCAAACGCUUCGAAAUGACGGAUCUCGGUGAGCUCGAUUACUUUCUCGGCAUGGAGAUCAAGAACGACCGUAAGACGGGAAUGGUGACUGUGCAACAAACCAAGUUUCUCAAGUCCGUGUUAACCAAGUUCGGAAUGGAUAACAGCAAGCCAGUGAAGACGCCUCAAGAUCCCGGCCUGAAGCUAACCAAGAACAUGUGUGAACAAGAAUGCAAGCACGAAGACACCAUGUGCAACGUGCCAUAUCGAAGUGCUGUCGGAGGCAUCAUGUAUCUCAUGGUCGCCACACGUCCGGAUCUAGCUGCUGCAGUGGGAUCAUUAUCCCAGUUCUCUGAUGAACUUUAG